CGCCCCUCCCGGAGGCCCGGGCCCGGCCUCACCGCGCCGGCGUCGCGCGCGAGCCCGGCUCCUGCCCUCCUGCCCCCCGCAGGCAGAAAAAUAUGGCUCAGGAGACUAACCAGACCCCAGGGCCCAUGCUGUGUAGUACAGGAUGUGGCUUUUAUGGGAAUCCUAGGACAAAUGGAAUGUGUUCCGUUUGCUACAAAGAACAUCUUCAGAGGCAGCAAAAUAGUGGCAGAAUGAGCCCAAUGGGAACAGCUAGUGGUUCCAACAGUCCUACCUCAGAUUCUGCAUCUGUACAGAGAGCAGACACUAGUUUAAACAACUGUGAAGGUGCUGCUGGCAGCACAUCUGAAAAAUCAAGAAAUGUGCCUGUGGCUGCCUUGCCUGUAACUCAGCAAAUGACAGAAAUGAGCAUUUCAAGAGAGGACAAAAUAACUACCCCGAAAACAGAGGUGUCAGAGCCAGUUGUCACUCAGCCCAGUCCAUCCGUUUCUCAGCCUAGUACUUCUCAAAGUGAAGAAAAAGCUCCUGAGUUGCCCAAACCAAAGAAGAACAGAUGUUUUAUGUGCAGAAAGAAAGUUGGCCUUACAGGGUUUGACUGCCGAUGUGGAAAUUUGUUUUGUGGACUUCACCGUUACUCUGACAAGCACAACUGUCCAUAUGAUUACAAAGCAGAAGCUGCAGCAAAAAUCAGAAAAGAGAAUCCAGUUGUUGUGGCUGAAAAAAUCCAGAGAAUAUAAAUUACUACUUGUGAAGAGACUGAAACUUUGUUUUUAUUUUAAUAUAUCGUAGGAAAACAUUAAAGAGCAGAUGCAUGGCCAUUUUCCUUUGAUGUUCUCCAGAGUUUUACUUUACACUUGUCUGUCUUAUAAUUGAAAUUUUAGGAUGUUUGGGUGUUUGUUACAGGCAGAAAUGGAUAGAUACAGCCCUACAAAAUGUAUAUGCCCUCCCCUGAAUAAAAUUGGAUGAAAAUCUGCACAGCAAAUUGAAAUACACAGACGAUAGGGACAAAAUUUAGUUCCCACGUGCCAAACAUAAUCCGUGAAAUCUCUGCAUGUUUGCAGCAUAUCUGCCUUUUGGGAAUGUAAUCAAGGUAUAAUCUUUGGCUAGUGUUAUGUGCCUGUAUUUUUAAAAAAAUGGUACACCAGAAAAGGACUGGCAGUCUACUUCUUCCAUAGUCCAACUUCACCCUGUUAAUUUCCACAACAUGUUCUUUGGAAGCAGGAGGAAAGCUAUAAAGAGGAUCAGACCUUUCCGUGAAACCAGUAUUUGGUGCCAUAUGUAAGCCUGGCUCAUUGGUCUCCUAAAAGCUGUCAAGUAAGACAUUCUGUGAAAGGUAAACAUCGCAACUGGUUAUCAUGAGUAAAGCCAUCAAGCCAACAGGGGCUUGAGCUCUCUUUGAAGCUUACUGUGCUGGCCUGCACCAGAAGAUGCCUGCAUUACUCUCAUUGCUCAAAAUGUUGUGUAGCACAGAACUGCACUAGAAUUAAUUUGUCUACAAGAAGAAAUUAAAACUACAUUUGGUUUUUACAUGCCGCAGCUCUAUUGAAUAACAUGCAUCUGAAUUUUAAGUUGCAAAGGUAUCUGAAAAGUUCAUUUUUCGUGUGCAUCUUUUGUUGAAUGUUUUGGUUCAAGAAAGAAUGUUUAAAGCUUUUUUAAAGACUUCAGUUCUUAAUGUAACUGUACCUUCUGCAUGGAAAAUCAUAACCAACAUGGCUGCAGUAGACUUCUUAGUGGUAUCCAGCACCACUCGCAGAGGGCUGCGUUAUCCUAUUAAUUGUACUUGGGUGUAGGACUCUAGUGUUCUUGGGUGUAUUGCAUGGGCUGCAUUAUCUACAGCAUUGUACAAUAACAACUAGAAGAGGCAGUAUACUUCACUGAUGCUUGUCUGGUAAUAUCACUUCUGUGUCAUAAUGGAAGGUUUUUGUGAUGUAUGAAACUUGUGUUUUUUAUAUAUAAACGAGCAUAGUUAGAUUAGUAUUGUGGUAAUGCCUGUUUUCAUCUGUAAAUAGUUAAGUAUGUACACGAGGCACUACUUCUGAUUUAUUGCAGUGUUCAGUCCUAGUUUUUACUUUAAUUAAAGCAUUCGGUUUUGCUUUCGAUUUUUAUGUACCUUAGUUCGGAGUUAGAUCUGCAGAUGUGUACAGAUAGUUCAUAUUUAUGUAUUGCACAUAAUCAUGCUAUUCAGCAUCGAUGCUAUAUUGUAUUAUGUAAAUAAUAAAAGCCAUGUACAGAGGGAAA